AUGGCAUCGGAAAAUCAAGAAAAGCCUCAACUUCCUGUCCAAGUUCAACAACAACCAGAAUAUUUAUACGAUGAAGAAGCAACAAUGGCUGAAAUCGCAAAAGGACAAGCUUUGUUGCGGCAAAGUAAGGCGAUUUUCGAGAAGUUCUUGGCUCAUGGUGUUGCAAUUGAUCAAUUUGAACAUGUGAAUGGACGAUUAACAAUGACUGGAUGUCAGGUUAAAUAUCCGGUGAGAAUUUUUAGAUUUAGAAAAGUAUGUAUUUAUUUAUUUAUUCAUAUUUUUGCAGAUCUCAACCGCCGAAGUUCGUCGUCGCACAUCUGCUCCAGAAUUUCUCAAUAGUUCCUCAAUCGCCGGACUUUUGCGUAGAUGUAAAGUGAAAAAUUGCGGAGAAGAUAUGCGAAACAAAUUGAAACAACACGGAAUUGAAAUGACAAUGUGUCGAAGAAAAGGAAUUCCAGCAACUGCACUAACAGGAAUGUCCGAAGGAGAAUUGCUUGAUUUUUCGAAAGAUUUCGAAACUAUCACAAGAGAAAGUUAUCCAAAUAAAGCAAUUGCUAAAUGUAUCACAGAUAAAGUAAAAACACAUCGAGAACAACAAGAAAUUGUUGAUGAUGCAAAUGAGUUCAUGUAAGUUCGAACGUUUUUGGAACCUGAAAAUCAAAAUCUUUCAGGGCAGUGAUGGCGCAUUUUAUGGUUGCAGCCAAUUCUUGUCAACCAGCAUUAACAGGAAUGGCUGAACGACGAGGCGAGAAUGCUGAAUUUGCCGAAGCUAUGGAUACAUUUUCGAAAGUUACACAUGGUUUCGGAACACAAAAUCACAAAACAUGGACUGAACAAUUAUUGAGAAUUGGAACAGAAUUGUGUGAUUAUGUACCAACUGCAAAACCUGAUCAAAUUGAUGUCGAACAUUGA